AGGCAGCACUCAGCGGAUGGGAGGGUGCCGCUUGCGGACAAGAGACAGGAUCCAUGGCAACAAACAUGGCAGAGGCAGAGACCCGUCAGAGGCUGCUGCGCACCGUCAAGAAGGAGGUGAAGCAGAUUAUGGAGGAAGCCGUCACCAGGAAAUUUGUUCAUGAAGACAGCAGCCAUAUUGUGUCCUUUUGUGCUGCAGUGGAGGCAUGUGUUCUGCAUGGGCUGAAACGGCGAGCAGCAGGCUUUCUGCGUAGCAACAAGAUAGCUGCACUCUUCAUGAAAGUGGGGAAGAGCUUCGCCCCAGCUGAGGAGCUGUGUAAGAAGGCCCAGGAGCUCGAGCAGAUCAUCGAAACAAAACGAAGUCAAAGCUUGCAAAGUCAAGACAGCCUUCGCAAGAUGCCCCGACUGCCCAGCCUCACCCAACAGGGAGUCAGGAACCUGUGGAUCCGGACGGCUCUAUUUGACAAGGUGCUGGACAAGAUUGUUCUCUACCUGGUGGAGAACAGCAGUAAAUACUACGAGAAAGAGGCUGUUCUAAUGGACCCUGUGGACGGACCUAUCCUUGCUUCUUUGUUAGUUGGACCUUGUGCUUUGGAGUACACUAAGAUGAAGACAGCAGACCACUUCUGGACAGACCCGUCUGCUGAUGAGUUAGUGCAAAGACAUCGCAUCCAUGGGGGCCACUGCAGACAGGAUUCUCCCACUAAGAGGCCUGCACUGUGUAUCCAGAAGCGGCACUCCAGCAGCAGCAUGGAUGAACGCCCUUCCCCCUCGCCAUCAGCUCGUGAAUAUGUGGAGUCGCUGCAUCAAAACAGCAGGGUGACCCUACUGUUUGGCAAAAACAAUGUGCUUGUACAACCGAGGGACGACAUGGAGGCUAUCCCAGGUUACCUGUCUCUGCACCAGAAUGCUGAUCUCAUGACCCUGAAGUGGACACCAAACCAACUCAUGAAUGGCUCUGUUGGAGACUUGGACUACGAACGCAGCGUAUACUGGGACUAUGCCAUGACGAUCCCUCUAGGGGAAAUUGUUUACUUGCACUGUCAUCAACAAGUUGACAGUGGGGGGACAGUGGUGCUGGUCAGUCAGGAUGGGAUCCAAAGACCUCCACUGCGCUUCCCCAGAGGAGGCCACUUGCUCCAGUUCCUCUCCUGCCUGGAGAACGGCCUGCUUCCCCACGGCCUGCUGGACCCUCCACUCUGGUCCCAGAGGGGAAAGGGGAAGGUGUUCCCCAAGCUGCGGAACAGGGUUCCUCAGACAUCUGGAUCCUCAGACUCGGUCUCAGAUAAGGAGGAGGACGAGGCCACAGACUAUGUCUUCCGCAUCCUCUUUCCAAACAGCCAGUCAGAGUUUGGUGAGAUUCCCUCUAGAGAAGCAAAUGGAUAUGAGCAGUGCCCACAGGCCUCUCCAGAUUGUUACAUUAAAAAAAAAUGUUACUCGUUGUUGUUUGUUACAGUGACUGUAACCCAUCCUCCCCAUCUGACUUCCUCUCUGUCCCUUCAACUGGGCGGACAAGCCCCCUCGAAAACAGGGACCCUGGUUGUACCCAAGAGGUUCUGCAGCUGUCCUGGCGAAUCCCUCUCACACACAGGAAGCAGCUUGAGUCCUCCAGACUUGAUGGAUCAGGGAGCUACAAUGUGGCAUCCCACUCUAAGGAAGUCCUCGUGUUCCUCUUGUUCUCCGGGGAGCUUCUCUGAUGGGGCGACGCCCAAGGGGUGCAACCAUGAGAGGGCUCCACUGAAGCUGCUCUGCGACAACAUGAAGAAUCAGAUCAUCUCUCGGGCUUUUUAUGGCUGGUUAGCAUACUGCCGUCACUUGUCUACUGUGCGUACACACCUGUCUGCUCUCGUCAAUCACGCCAUUGUGGCGCCCGACGUGCCUCGUGAUGCCUUCAAAGGACUCACCAAAGACGUGUGGCAGACAUUCCUCCAGGACUGCACAGCAUACGAGGAGAAGGAGCUGCUUCGUCUGGUCUACUUCGGUGGUGUGGACAGCUCGCUGCGUAAAGAGGUGUGGCCUUUCCUGCUGGGCCAUUACCAGUUUGGAAUGUCAGAAGCUGACAGAAAAGAGGUGGACGAACAAGUCCGAGUGUGCUACCAACAGACCAUGCGUGAGUGGCUCGGCUGCGAGGAGAUUGUCCGUCAGCGGGAGAAGGAGCAGCAUGCUGCAGCAUUGGCAAAGUGUUCCUCUGGAGCAAGCAUGGACAGCUCCAGUCACAAGAUGAUCCACCACAACUCCACUGUCAGCAAUGAGUCCCAGUCCUCCCAAAGCUCAGACAGGCAGAGUCUGGCUCGCCUGCAGAGUGACUCCAGCAGCAGCACACAGUUCUUCACAUCCCCCCAUCCCUUCCCCUGGAGUAGCCUGCUUCCCUUUGGCUUGUUCUUUCAGGUGUUUGAGUCCGUAGAGGAGGUUGACCAAAUCGAGAACGAGCCCAAGAGCGAAGAGGCCAAACCAGUGCCAAAGAUACCCAAUGGAGCUCUGCAGAAUGAGACAAGCUCUCCUGACUCCGGACAUCCUUCCUCCCGUAACUUCUCAGUCACCUCCGGCCUGUCAGACGUAUCACUCCCAGAGGACAGCGCUACACAUGAUACAAUCCCGAGAUCUGCAGCUGUCCCUCAGGAGCCACAGAGCCCAGUUAAAGUUGCAGAGGUAGAGAGUGAAGGUCUGACAGGGGAGAUGGACAGCCAGGUGAAAGGUAAAGUUAAGAAUAAGGAGGGAGAGGAGGAAGAGGAAGAGGAGAAAGCGCCUGAUGUGACCAAAACUCCAGAAAAUACCAACACUGACGGGCUGGUAACGGCCAACAAAGACAUAGGUCUGCAACCCAAAACACAAGAAGCAGUUGAGGAUUCUGGAGCCAUUAAAACAGAGUGGCCCAAAUUUGUAGAUAAAGAUGCACUGGGAGACAUUAAAGGAAUAGAACCUUUAGAGUCAGGGGUGAUAGAAAAGCAAGUGCCCGACAAGGAUACUAUGAUGGUAUUAGCAGCUGCUGCAGAAUCAACAGGAGAACUUGUCAAGCAAAGUCUUAAAAAAGAAGUAGAAGUGAGUAUUGAGGAAACAUCAAUGUUUAAGAAAACUGAACCAAAUGUGGAAAAGACAAAGGAAAUGAACGAAUCAAAGACAAGUAAACCACAAGAAGUUUUAUUGGCAGAAAGGAGAGAAAAUAUAUCAGUUGAUCCCGUGGCUCUCAAAGUUGAAAAAAACCUGGUUUUCUCAGUUAGACCCUCGUCUCAGACAGAUGAGGCCCAGGUCCUGACUGAAUCUGAUGAGUCCCCCUCAGCCAUAGAGAUGGAGGACAUCCCCAAAGCCAAAGUUUCCAUAAUGCCUUGGAGCGGGAAGGGACGUUGUGAAGCAUCGUCUUUCUCUGAGGACUCCCCUCCCCACAUAGAGCUCAGGCCGGGGGACGAGCAGGGACAGCCCUCUCCGGAGGACACAGAGUCCAUCCUGUGUGAGGAGCCAGAGAUGGAGAGUCUUUACCCUAACUUUGACUCUCUGGUCAGGUCCGACGACAUUAAGAAUGCAGCAACCUCUGAAGAAUCAGCUGGGAGUACCUUCUCUCAAGAGCUUUUGGACUUAUACACAUUAAAUCUGCAUCGCAUUGAAAAGGAUGUCCAGCGCUGUGACCGGAACUAUCCGUACUUCACUCCUGCCAACCUGGAGAAACUGCGCAACAUCAUGUGCAGCUACAUCUGGAGGCACCUUGACAUCGGGUACGUGCAGGGCAUGUGUGAUCUUCUGGCUCCCCUUCUAGUCAUUCUGGAUGAUGAGGCCAUGGCCUUCAGCUGUUUCACUGAGCUCAUGAAGAGAAUGAAUCAAAACUUUCCACACGGAGGAGCUAUGGAUACACACUUUGCCAACAUGCGCUCUCUAAUCCAGAUCCUGGAUUCUGAGCUGUUUGAGCUCAUGCACCAGAACGGAGACUACACCCACUUCUAUUUCUGCUACCGCUGGUUUCUCCUAGACUUCAAGCGAGAGCUGGUGUAUGAUGACGUGUUCGCAGUGUGGGAAACGAUCUGGGCAGCCAAGUAUGUCUCUUCUAGUCACUUUGUCCUCUUCAUUGCCCUGGCACUGGUGGAGAUCUACAGGGAUAUAAUCCUGGAGAACAACAUGGACUUCACUGACAUCAUUAAGUUCUUCAAUGAAAUGGCUGAACACCACAACAUAAAGAAGAUUUUGACCAUGGCCAGAGAUCUGGUGUGCAAGGUGCAGAUCCUGAUAGAGAACAAGUGAUUGUCCUCUUUGUUUUCUUUUUCCUUCCAAGUAAAGUGUGACCGGCUGUAGCAGCACAAGAGUAAAUUACAUCUGAGCACACACACUGUCUCUAACACACACACACACACACACACACACACACACACACACACAUACAUUACACAAAGCCUUUACAAUCACAGUUUGCUGCUAUGAGCCUUAUUGACUGUAUCCACAAUGUUGUUUGUGUUGUCAACAGGUGUAUGAGAAUAUUAUGCUUAAUAUUUGUCAGUAUGUUAAAGUAAAAUCAAGUGUAUCUGAAAAAAAUCAUUUCUUUAAUUUCUAGAUAUUUUUGCCAGAAAUCCCUUAAGUGUGAGUCUUAACCAGAGUGCACUUAAUAUUUUUGAGAUAACGAUGGUUUUAGUUGCACAUUUCAAACCAAACUGCAGAACUGAAUUCCACCAGAGACUAUAUUUAUGAGAGAGAGAAAUACAUUGUGAUAAUAGUUUAUAAUAGUUAUUAUAUUAGUAUUUUAAUAGUCAAAGUCUACACGAUUGAACUUUAAACAUAUCAGCAAGUUAUCCCUCUAUUCCUACCCCUUAAUGAAGGUCAGAAUGUCAGCACAAUUACAACACCCCAAAAUUAAAUGACUUUUUACUGAUGGAGAACACUGGGUUUUAGACCGGAAUGUGACUCCAGGUCUCUUUAACACACAACUUGAAGUAUAAUUUAGCUUUUAGCACCAUGU